AUGUCAUCGAAAUUCAAAUUCUGGAUUCGAACAAGUUUUCGUGUAAUGGAAAUAGGAUCAUCGGAUAUAAUCUAUAAUAUAAAAAAUAAUACACCAUUAAUAACACAUGAAAAAAUUUAUGAAAAAAUAAAUGAAUGCCAUAUAGCUGUUGGUCAUUCUGGAAGAGAUAAGACAUGGGCUGAGGUUAAAAGUCGUUUUUCUGGCAUACCUCAACAAGCUGUCUCAUUAUUUAUUAACAUAUGUGAUGCAUGUCAAAUACGAAGAUCUUUUCCAAAAACACCCUGUGGGAAACCGAUUAUUUCAAUAGGAUUUCUAACUAGACUACAGGUUGAUCUUAUUGACAUGCGUAGUGUUCAAUAUAAUGGAUUUACCUUUAUAAUGCAUGUGAAAGAUCAUUUUACAAAAUUCAGUUGGCUAUUUUCAUUACCAACAAAAGAAGCACGUCAUGUUGCACUUAAUUUAAAAUAUAUAUUUUAUACAUUUGGUCCACCAAAAAUAUUACAAUCGGAUAAUGGAAAAGAAUUCGUAACAAAUAUUAUUUUAAAUCCUAAAUUAGAUUGGCCUGAUUUAAUAAUUAUUAAUGCCCGUCCAAGACAUCCACAAAGUCAGGGCCUAGUGGAAAGGGCUAAUGCAUUCGUUAAAAAGAUAUUAGGAAAGUGGUUAGAAACAAAUAACUCACUUGAUUGGCCUUCUGGUUUAGGUAAUUAA